UAAGUACAGUACUUGAGUAAAUGUACUUAGUUACUUUCCACCAUUGGCAAUAAUCAAUAUCUAUCCACAUUAGUGUAGUGAUUACUCAACACAGGGUCAUUGUUCUGUGCAUAAAGUUUUAAUUUUCUUUAUGUGACUAUGAUUUGAAAAGAUAAAUAAACGUUGUAGGCUCCACGGACCGUUCUUUGAUCUUUUUCUAGAGGCUAAAUUUUUUAGCGCUUUUGUCCCAGUGCGCUUGCCGUAGUUUGACAUUAUCCUGAACUUCACUAUAACUUCACUUCGUCUUUUACAGUCUUAUGUCUCACUUGCGUCUUAUUUAAGUUAAACUUCUGCUUGUUCAGCUGCCUUGCAACAAAACGUAUUUUCUGCCACGGCUCGCUCGUCUUCUGGUGGAGGAAAAAUGCUAAAAAAAGAAAGAAAUAGUUUCGGCACGAUAGCUUGUUGCUAGGUUACAGCUAACGUUACCAUAGCUGCCGAUGGAAAACGGUUCAACGUCCUCAAAAUGAACAGAACGUUAAAUAUCUUUAUUAACAAUGAGAGAAAUACAGGCAUUCAGGAUAUAAACAAGACAUAUAAAGAAAAAUGUCAGUUACAGUAUCUGUAGAUUAAAAGAUAUAUAUAAAAAUAAAAUAAUAACAUAAGGCACAUAGGGUAUAAGGUGCUUACUUUUAUUCUAUUCUGGGGUUUCUGAAAAUAAGCUUUUAAAGUGUAGCAGAGUGCCUUCACAUGUCUUAUUUGACUAAAGUCUCUAUAUAAAAUUUCAAUUCUAUUGUAAAAACAUUAAAGUUAGGUAGGGAUUUGGAAAAUUUCAUCUUGUGGAUGUGAAACUUACCCAUCAGAAGCAUAAGAUUAGUUAGAAAGCAUGCUGCAUAUUAAAAAAAAUGAACAAAAGUGAAUAUUCAACAUUUAACAGCAUUUAUUUGUACAAAGAAUGCCAGAUAAUGAUUUAAAAACACUAAAGACAUAUUAGACCAAAUAAAAAAAAAAUGAUUUGAUUUUUAUUGUGUUUGACGGUGUUGACCAAAACAAAGUAAUAACUGGAAAAACGCAUAUUUUAUGAAAAAAUAAAAUAAAAUGGGGAGGUUGCACCAGUACAUUGCUGAACAGCCAAGACCUUAGUCUGUAAUGAUAAACCAUCAGUAUUUGUAAUUUAACUAACUUUUUAUUUUCAAAAUUAAAACCGUAUUUAGCUUCAUCUUGUGGAUGUGAAACUUCCCCAUCAGAAGCAUAAGAUUUUGUUAUAUAAAGCAUACUGUUUUGUUAUUAGAUUCAAAUUUUGAGAUGAUAUCUUUAGGUUAAAAAAUGAUGGGCUGUCCAGUCUUAUCGAUUUCUGAUUUUUUUGCAUAUCCCUCCAAAAUAUAGAUGACAAUAGGCAAACAUGAAAUAAAUGUAAAGUUGUCUCUGGAAGUGCACAUUUCGCUUACAUCAGCAAACCUGGAAAUUAAUUUAAUACAUGGGUAAAUAUUAUGCAAAAUUUUAAAAUGAACUUCUCUGAUCUUAUUUGAGAGACAGAAUUGUUUAUUCUGUUCAAUUGUGGAUCCCAAAAGAACUUUCCUCUGGGGGAAAUCUUAUUAUGUCUCUGUAAAAAAAUUCUGAUAUUCUUGUUUGUGCAUUUUUUAUCCAUUAUAUCAAUCCCACACAUUUCUACAGAGCUAAGUCUUCUGAUAUGGGUCCGCUGUGUGACUUCACUGUUGCUUUGCUGCUCCUCGCCUUUGCUUUGUCAACAUGUUUGUGCAUCAACAACUCGUCCAACCGUGAAGCCAGACUGGUCAGAUCAGUCUAUGCUUUUCAAAAUAAAAGCACACAACACGAAAGACUUGUUAAUAAUAACUACAAUCCCGCAAAAACAUCAAAAAACUCAGUGGAAACAAAGAAAGUACACCCAGAAAGCUCCAACGAGGCUGAUAUUUCCAGAGACAGUAAAUGCACCAUGGCCCCCGAGAGCCGUUUUAACUGUGCCAGAGACCGGGUCCUCAGCCAGGGAGAGUGUGAGGAGAGGGGGUGCUGCUACGCCCCUCUGCCGGACUCUGCAGGACCACCGUGGUGCUUCUACCCCAGUUUGUACCCGGGCUACAACAUGGGUCCCCUCAGUCCCACCCCACGGGGUCAGGAGGCCACCCUGACCCGGGCCACCCCGUCACAUCUCCCUGGAGAUAUCUCCACUCUACACCUCGACGUCAUACAGGAGACCGCAGGCUGCUUCCACCUCACGUUAAAGGACCCGUCAGCUCAGCGAUAUGAAGUUAAUCUCCCAGCUGGAGUUCCUCAAACUGAAGCUGAUACCAAAGAGGCCCUCUACACCACCGAGUACCAGUCUGACCCAUUCGGCUUCAUAGUGCGGCGAAAAUCUAAUGGAAGGGUGAUUAUGAACACCACAGUUGCUCCUCUGCUGUUUGCUGACCAGUACCUGCAGCUCUCCACCGCCCUGACCUCUCCCCUCGUGUCUGGCCUCGGGGAGCACUACACCUCCCUCCUCCUGGACCUGAACUGGACUUCUCUCACACUCUGGAACAAAGACAUGGCGCCUCAUGCCGACGCUAACCUGUACGGCUCCCACCCGUUCUUCAUCGUACAGGAGGAGGACGGCUCGGCACACGGAGUCUUCCUCCUCAACAGCAACGCAGUUGAGGUGAUGCUGCAGCCGAGCCCGGCUCUCACCUGGGUGGCUCUCGGGGGAAUCUUUGACCUGUACGUCUUCUUGGGUCCUGACGCUCCAAGUGUGAUACGACAGUAUCUUCAGGUCAUCGGCUAUCCCAUGAUGCCUCCCUAUUGGUCGCUGGGCUUUCACCUGUGUCGCUGGGGUUACACCACUUCUAAAACAACCCGCCGUGUGGCACAACGCAUGCACGAUGCAAAAUUUCCCAUGGAUGUGCAGUGGAACGAUCUGGACUAUGCAGAUAAGCGCAGGGUGUUCACCUUUGACCCCUGGAGAUUCGGUGACCUGCCACAGAUGGUGGAUGAGUUCCAUAAGAAAGGCAUGAAGUACAUCCUCAUCCUGGACCCGGGGAUCAGCAGCUCCAGCCCUCCUGGGACUUACUCACCCUUCGAUGAUGGACUGAAACGAGACGUCUUCAUUAAAAAUGCUACAGGACAAGUCCUCAUAGGGAAGGUUUGGCCCGGUCCAACAGCCUUCCCAGACUUCACCAACCCAGAGACCAGGAGCUGGUGGGAAGACUGCAUCAGAGAUUUCCACUCUAAAGUUCCUGUGGACGGUCUGUGGAUUGAUAUGAAUGAACCAGCCAGUUUUGUGCAGGGAUCAGUGGACGGCUGUCCUGACUCUGAUCUUGAGAACCCGCCUUACACGCCCAGAGUGGUUGGAGGCCAGUUGAACACGGGAACUCUUUGUAUGUCGGCUCAACAGAAUCUGUCCACUCAUUACAACCUGCACAACAUGUACGGACUGACAGAAGCCUUCGCCACGCACAGAGCUCUCCUGAAGGUCCGAGGGAAGAGACCCUUCGUGCUGUCUCGCUCCUCCUUCCCCGGCAUCGGACGCUUCUCUGGAGUUUGGACAGGAGACGUGAUGAGCGACUGGGAGCAGCUUCGGUACUCUAUCCCUGCGGUGCUACAGUUCAGCCUGUUCGGGGUUCCCCUGGUGGGGGCCGAUAUCUGUGGCUUUGAAGGCAACACCACUGAGGAGUUGUGUGUGCGGUGGAUGCAGCUCGGGGCCUUCUACCCAUUUAUGAGAAACCACAACGACAGGCCGAACGCUCCUCAGGAGCCUUUUAUAUUUGGGCAGAAGGCCCAGGCAGCCAUGCGGAGCGUCCUGAACCUCCGUUACUCCCUUCUCCCCUUCCUCUACACACUCUUCCACCACGCACACACUUCUGCUGAAACUGUGGCCAGGCCUCUAUUCAUGGAGUUCCCCACUGACCCUAACUGUCAGAGCAUAGACCGACAGUUCCUGUGGGGGUCUUCUCUCCUCAUUAGUCCGGUGUUAGAACAAGGAGCAGUGGAGCUGGCUGCUUACCUUCCCCCCGCCACCUGGUACAGUCUACACAAUGGCCAGCCUUUCUACAGUAAGGGUCAGUACCUGCUGCUGCCGGCUCCUCUGGACACCAUCAACGUCCAUGUGAGAGAAGGACACAUUAUCCCCCAGCAGGAGCCGGCUUUGACAACGGCAGCCUCACGCAGGAACUCUUUCUACCUGACGGUGGCCCUGACGGCGGGCGGCUGGGCCCACGGCGACUUGUUCUGGGACGACGGGGAAAGCCUCGACACCUUUGAAACGGGAAAUUACUGUUACCUUGUCUUCAUUGCUGGACAGUCUCAGGUGGUGAGUGACCCCCUCAGGCUGACUGGGGCUCUGGACGGUCUGGUGCUGGGGGGGCUGCAGGUCUUCGGGGUGCCCUCCCCCCCCCUCUAUGUAUUAGCCAAUGGGGAUAAAGUCAGAGACUUCACAUACCGCAGUGACACCAAGGUUUUGAUUGUGACCGGCCUCGACCUGCCCAUGUCAAAGGUGUUUACAGUCCAAUGGGCUCUCUGAUGCACCGAACAUUACCCAAGAUCCUUCAGGAUAUUUCACUGCUGCUUGUUUAUUUUGCAAUUUCCCUAAUAUGCCAAGUAACUUGUACAUUUAUAAAAUAAAUGAAGAAUUAUUUU